GUCUUGUCCCUGAUGCCAAGGGAGUCCAGGACAGCUGUGGAUGAGUGAGCACCGAGGUAGAUCAGGCUUGGCUGACCAAGCUAUUUAUGUCCAUAUUUGUUUUUGUGUUGGCUCUCUCAGAAGACAAGUGACUUAGCGUUGUGGACAGUGUGGUGCCUUUCCUCUGUGGGUUUUACAUGAGCAUGAGGUAGAAGGUGCAGCCACUCAGGGCAAGGCCUGCAGUAGGGAUAAAAACUGGACAGAAAGGGAGUGCUGGAAAAGGGAAAUCUCACGCACUUCCUGUUUCGCUGUAGUGAAGAACAAGUCUUCUUGCUUGGGCCGGUUUAUCUGCUCACUCCAUCUCUGCCUGGGGAGCUCUUUGAUGCGGAGCUGAUCGGAAGGUUGCAGUCUCCUUAUCAACUCCAUGCUUACCUCUGUUUGUUUUUAUUCUGAAGUUCGUUCCCUCAUUUUGCAAUAACCCACAGGGUGCUGGGUGUUGCGCCAACCGUGCCUCAAUGAAGGAUCUUCAUUCAACAGCUUUCCCUUCCCGUCACACCAGUCAAUGCGACUCCUGCGUUUUCCAGCACCAUUCUCUGCGCAGCCCAGACUUUAGCCAAGCCUUCAUUGGUGGGCAGAAAGGCUACCAGGCCUACCGGGACCUACCAUGGGAUCUUCAAAAAAUUCAUCAGUCACCUAUCAAAAUAAGACAUCUUGAGCCCUGGAAAAUUGCUGUGAUCGUUAUCGGAACAGCAGUGGCAGCAGCUAUCACCAUUGGUCUCCUAGUUUAUUUUCUGGCAUAUGAUCAGAAGCUGUUCUAUUACAGUGCCAAUGUAAAAAUCACCAACAUCCGGUACAAGAAUGAAUUUUCCAGACAAUCCUCAGGGAGGUUUAGAGACCUGAGCGAGAGGGUUGAGAGACUGAUCGACAAGACAUUUUACAAUUCCAUUUUAAGGAAAAAAUACAUCCGUUCACGCUUAAUCAGAGUGAGCCCAGAUACUGAUGGUGUGAUGGCAGAGGCUUUGCUCACAUUCUGGUUCUCCGCUACGGAUUCUAGAGAAGCACUGAGGGAAAGAGUUGGGAAGAUCUUACGGAGGGGCCUGAAAAAGUACACAGGGCCUCUGCGGAUCAACGUCCGAUCUUCUUCCGUCUCAAAUGUGGAGCCAGUAAGAGCAGAAGCCAUCUUCAAUGACAUCUGUGGGUUACGGCAGAAUAGAUCAGUCAAGUCCAUGGCAAAAUCCUCAUCGCUGCGAAUCGUUGGCGGAUUGUCUUCUGCAGAGACCGGGGACUGGCCGUGGCAGGCCAGUCUGCAGUACAACAACAUCCAUCGCUGUGGUGCAACACUCAUCAGCAACACAUGGCUGGUGUCUGCAGCUCACUGCUUCAGAGACAUGACUCACCCUCAGAAGUGGACUGCUACUUUUGGAGCUCUUUUGAAGCCCCCAAGCUUGAAGCGAUCAGUCAAGACAAUUAUUAUCCAUGAGAAGUACCUCUACCCAGAACACGACUAUGACAUUGCGCUUGUGCAGCUCUCCAAACGAGUGGAGUUCACGAGCAGCAUACAUCGGGUCUGUCUGCCAGAGCCAUCUCAGACUUUUCCCUACAAUAUUUACGCUGUCAUCACAGGCUGGGGAGCUCUCACCAAUGAUGGUCCAGCCCCAAAUGCUCUUCAGGAGGCAACAGUGAAACUUAUUGACUCAGACACUUGCAACAGAGAAGAAGUGUAUGAUGGGGACAUAACACCCAGGAUGUUGUGUGCGGGAUACUUGGAAGGAGGAGUAGAUGCUUGUCAGGGGGACUCUGGGGGACCACUGGUUACUCCAGACUCUAGACUGAUGUGGUACCUCGUGGGAAUAGUGAGCUGGGGAGAUGAAUGUGCCAAGCCAAAUAAACCUGGAGUUUACACACGAGUGACUUAUUUCCGUGACUGGAUCACCACAAAAACAGGCAUCUAAUGCCAAAGUAAAAAAUGGAUUUAACUACAUAGACUACAUAUAACUCAUAUUUGUCUGUAAUUCUGAAAGGUUUUUUUUUUAGUAGAUAUAUUCCUAUGUAAUUUUGGUUGAAGCAACCUUAGUCCACAGCAAGCGCUAUCUUUGCUGUCAGAGACACUAACCCUUUCUGAAUUCAUGCUAAAUGUAUGAAAUUCUCUGCCUCAUCUUUGAGCUGUGAAACUUUCUCCCUUAUCAGAAAUUAGGAACUGACGUCAUUAAAAUUACAUUUAAAAGCUACCAAUUUACCUGCUUUAUAAAUGCAAACAUUUUCCAGUGGGAAAAAAAGAAAAAAAGAAAUUUUUCUUCAGCCAUGGGCAAGGCCUGCAGCUGAAUCUUCCUCCUCCAAUGAAGCAAAUGCUGCCACAGCUGUGUUUCUAGCAAAGUGGAUCUUUGAUGAUUAUUCUUGUUAGAGACUACUAUCUGCACUGACUCCAGCAGAGAACCUGGAUGCUCACCUUGCUCCAUGACCUAGGUAACUAAAAGUGGAUCAGCAGGACUGAGGUUAGGUCCUAGCUAAGGAAAAGCAGGAUUUCUGUGCUAGCAGUAGGUUAGAAGGGAAAAGAGAAAAGCUUGAUGUUCUUAUUGCAAAGCACAUUUUAAACAGGAAUGUUUUUGUGGAUUCUGUGAAGUUCAAAUUGCUUGAAGUUGCUAUAGUGGAAGUGCUUCAUCACAACAUUGGGCUGCUACCUCUGUACCUGUUGUCUUCUAGAUCCACUCUGUUCAACACACAGUAUGCUUAAGAUGCAGAAACACAAGCUCUACCCAAACUGUUUUGUUUUUUUUUUAAGUGUGCUCCCAUGAACAAUCUCACUAGAAAUAAAUAUGGCAUUUAAAUUUGUUCUAAAGGAAAAAAAAUUGCCACAAAUGAACUGGGAACUACCUUUUUUAAUCAAGAAACAGCAAGCUUUUUCAAGGGCAUGCCAGCCAGCAGAAACCAUCUCACUGCAAACCAAGUGAUUACUAAUACUUCACUGAUGGAUCCAUCUCUGCCAUGAAUGAAUAUGAUCCUGAAUAUGAGUGUCUUAUGAGGAUGAAGAGUAAUUUCAUACCAAAGAACAGCCCCAAUAAGAACUUUAGAGUAAAUGCAAUCCUUACACAUUGGUCAAGCACUUUUCCUACUUCUGUGCACAACCUCUCACGGAGUGUUGGUGGAAGGAGGUCCUUUAGAGCCAAGGCCUUCAAUGUGGGGAUCCAAAAUGUCACCUGUAGUCUUCAAAUGGCCACUGGACUGCUUAGGCUCUGAAUGCAGGACCCACAGGAGUCUGUAUGAGACAUGAAUGAAACUGCAAGUGCCACAGCUGCACCUGCUACAGCUGAAAAUUCUGCUGAAGAAUCCUGCCUCCCCCACUGCUCAGGACUGGAUCUCUCCUCAGCCUUCCUACUGUACAAGCUCUCCAAUAAUCAGCAUCCCUGAGAAUGAGAUGUUUGGCAUUUCUUGAAAACUCACACCCUGAAUUACAAGUCUACACAUGAAUGGAAAAACCUAUGUUUAAGGCUUGGUGGUGUAGGAGGGGUUGUCUUGUUAUUGGGCUACUUCCAGUCAUUCUGUAUAUCUUUUGAAUUUUGGUAAAAGACAAGUUGCCUUAUCUCAGAAAGAAAUCUACUGAAGAUUUUAGAUUAGUUUUAGUUUCAACACAGUAGUACCUUUAUUCUGAUUUUCUAUAUCAUUGUAAAAAGAAAAGGAUCUUGGGACAGUUUGGAGGAUAGUUAGAUGCAGCAAAUCCAUGUCCUUAAUUUAUUGAUGAAGUUUGUAAUUUAUGCACUUUUGAGUUGCUGCUAUUUUUCAAUUAAGAAUUUACUCCAGGCAGGGUUCAGUUACAAAACAGAAACUUCAUGGAGCUUUGAAUUAGAUAACCUGAACACACGGUUUUCUUCUAGUGCUUAAGUCCCCUUUUUUCAAAGGCAUCCUCUGGGGGGGGGAAAAAAAAAAAAAAUUCAUCUAGUUUUUUGUGCCUCUUAUUGGUUUGAGGGUGAAAAUUCUGAGAAGUGUCCUUUACAAUCAGCUGAUGAAUUGUGAUUGAAAAUAAACAGUAGUUCACUUUCAUAGACAGCUAAAGCUUUGUUUUGCACUUAAAACUCUUUUUGCAUAGCAAAUGGAGGGGCAACAAUAAGGAGGUGAGGCCCAGAUACAGUCCCUAGAAACUGGUUCCUACCUCACACAGCAAGGGACAUGUAAAUGCAAUACCUUUAAAAUGAGAAAGGCAGCCUUUAUUUCAGAUUUUCUCAUGAGUGGCUAAAUAGCCAAGAGGUGUGUGGGAGAAUGUCUACCUUACUCAGGGAGUCCUGAGCCAGCCAGGUGCACUUUUCAUAAACUUUUUAGCAAACUGUCUGGCCUGGGUUUGUCUUAUAUUCCAUGUCAGUGUUUUAUUUAUGAUGACUCUGUUGGUUUUCUUAGAGUAAAACAGUGAGGCUACUGUGUGAUUAAAGAAAAGGUUUUUAAAAGCCUUUUAUUAUUGUUGAUGUUAAGAUUUAGCAAGGAUCUAAACAAAAUAAAGGCAAUAUGUUUCAUAACAUUAAAUGUAUUUAAAAACAA